AAAAAGAGACCCUACAACAGAGCCCCAAAAAGAAGUGAUGACCUAAGAGGCUUCUCAAGCCUCACAAGAGGAAGUAGACCCAAGAGACACACAUUGGAGGUCAGAGAACGGCCAUGCAAAAGGAAAGACAGCAAACUGAGCUGCAGCAAGCUCCUGAGCCCAGCAGCCCAAGGCACAGGAAAUGGGAGGCAGAACCCCAGGCCCAGAGUGGGGGGCAAAGUGCCAGCCUGAGCCUCUUGCAGCAUAGGGCAGCUAGAAAAGAGAGGCGCUGGAGCCACCAGUGGAGGACAGCCAUCUGUUCCGAGGGCAGCAGCCUGCCUGGGCCUGGGGUGCAGGGCCCAAGUCCUGACCAGGUACCUCAGCCAGGCCCAGGCAUUCAGGGACCGUGCCAGUCUGCUAGAGGUAGCAAGGGCUGGAGACACAUUAGUAUUUGGGCUAUUGCACAAACCCUGUGCGAAAACCUAGCAAGUGAGCAUACUCUGGACCACAACACAGGUCCCCAUGUACAGCUCGUUCCUAGAACCUAUCACUAUGCCCUAAAUCCCUCAAAUGACACCCCCCCUUGUCUGCACCCAGGAGAAUGCCCUGGGAGGUGGGGCUACAGAAGGAACUGACUGUCCCUGGGGGUAGGUGGAGCCCAGCAGUGGGGGGACUCAGAGGAAGGCGUGUCAAGGGAGGAGCUCAGACCAAGCAGGGGGUCGGCACUGGAAGAGGGCUUCCUCUGUUCGCUCUGCCUUGGCAUCUCAUUUUGCACAGAACGUUUGGAGGAGGACACUCAGAGUGAGGGGUUGCCUUCAUUGAGGAUUUAGAAUCCCCUGGGCUUAACAGGAAGUGGGGAGGCAUUUCCAGAAGCAUCAGCUCCUAGGCAUCUCCAGAACCCUGACCAAAGGAUGCCCCCAAUUGCUGAAUAGGCCAGGGGUCCCCUUUCUCUAAAGCCUGCAUCCCUCCCUCUGGGGUGUGCCUGCCCCUCCCUGAGUCACCCCAGGGAGAGAGAGGGGGAAAAAAAGGGAAGAGAAGAGAGACAUUGACUACAGAGGAAGGAAAAGGAAGCAGAGCAGAGGAGGGAGGAGAGAGGCCACACAGGAGGAGACAGAAGAGAGUGGAGAGGGCAGGUCUAGGGCAGGCCGAGGGCAGCAGAUCGAGGGAGGGCAGGCCGAGCACCCCAAGGGGCGCCCAGAGAGCAGGCGGGGGCGGGGAGCCGAGGGGGCGGGCCGGCCAUGUCCCACGGGACCUACUAUGAGUGUGAGCCCCGGGGCGGCCAGCAGCCACUGGAGUUCUCAGGGGGCCAAGCCGGGCCCGGGGAGCUGGGGGACAUGUGUGAGCACGAGGCCUCCAUCGACCUCUCCGCCUACAUCGAGUCUGGGGAGGAGCAGCUCCUCUCCGAUCUCUUUGCCGUGAAACCUGCGUCCGAGGCCAGAGGCCUGAAGGGCCCUGGAACCCCUGCCUUCCCCCACUACCUGCCUCCUGAUCCACGGCCCUUCGCCUACCCCCCACAUACCUUCGGCCCAGACAGGAAGGCGCUGGGGCCUGGCAUCUACAGCAGCCCGGGGAGCUACGACCCCAGGGCUGUGGCCGUGAAGGAGGAGCCCCGGGGGCCCGAGGGCAGCCGGAGUGCCAGCCGAGGCAGCUACAAUCCCCUGCAGUACCAGGUGGCACACUGUGGGCAGACAGCCAUGCACCUGCCCCCGGCCCUGGCAGCACCCGGCCAGCCUCUGCGCGUUCUCAAGGCCCCUCUGGCCACUGCCGCAGCCCCCUGCAGUCCCCUCCUCAAGGCGCCCUCCCCAGCUGGCCCCUUGCACAAGGGCAAGAAGGCCGUGAACAAAGACAGCCUGGAGUACCGGCUGCGGCGGGAGCGCAACAACAUCGCCGUGCGCAAGAGCCGCGACAAGGCCAAGAGGCGCAUUCUGGAGACGCAGCAGAAGGUGCUGGAGUACAUGGCGGAGAACGAGCGCCUCCGCAGCCGCGUGGAGCAGCUCACCCAGGAGCUAGACACCCUCCGCAACCUCUUCCGCCAGAUCCCUGAGGCAGCCAACCUCAUCAAGGGCGUUGGGGGCUGCAGCUGAGCCCAGCUGGCGGACUGUGGGCAGCAGGGACCCUGGCCCGGCAUGACCAUCGGGGUCCCCACCCUGCUGGGGCUCUAGAGUCCUUCACAGGCUGAGCCUGAGACAUAGACCAUGGACAAAUGGCAGGGGGUGGCAAGGGAGGGCAGGACCCAGCAUAAUCACUCUGUGGCUGAAUAAAAUUGCACUGUGACU